CGCUGCUUGUCUCACAGAUCCUUGCUGGCACAUUACUGAAUAUUUUUGUUGAACCUGCUUAAGAAUUCAGAGAAACUGUUGAGUGGCCACUGGAGGAAAGAUCUUAUCAUAUACCUGGCGCAUAUUCUGUUCACAUUAGAACAAUGUCCUACGUUUUUGUAAAUGAUUCUUCUCAAACUAAUGUGCCCUUGUUACAAGCCUGUAUUGAUGGAGACUUUAACUAUUCUAAACGGCUUCUGGAAAGUGGCUUUGACCCAAAUAUCCGUGACAGCAGGGGCAGGACAGGCCUUCACCUUGCAGCAGCCCGAGGGAAUGUAGACAUCUGCCAGCUGUUGCAUAAAUUUGGUGCUGACCUUCUAGCCACAGAUUACCAAGGAAACACAGCUCUUCACCUCUGUGGCCAUGUGGAUACCAUCCAAUUCUUAGUUUCCAAUGGACUCAAAAUUGAUAUAUGCAAUCAUCAAGGUGCUACUCCUUUAGUUCUGGCAAAGCGCAGGGGAGUGAAUAAAGAUGUCAUCAGAUUGCUGGAAUCUUUGGAAGAACAGGAGGUAAAAGGAUUUAACAGAGGAACCCACUCAAAACUGGAGACCAUGCAGACAGCUGAGAGUGAAAGUGCCAUGGAAAGCCAUUCUCUCCUCAAUCCCAACCUACAGCAAGGUGAAGGAGUCCUUUCCAGCUUUCGAACCACAUGGCAGGAGUUCGUAGAGGAUCUGGGCUUCUGGAGGGUCCUGCUCCUGAUCUUUGUCAUUGCUUUACUGUCUCUUGGCAUUGCCUACUAUGUGAGCGGAGUGCUGCCCUUUGUGGAAAACCAGCCUGAACUGGUGCAUUAAAGGAGCUAAAGGAGAUGAGGCAAAUGCUUAUUUCUUGGCUCCCAACAUUGAUUCUCAGUUUCUGAAAAUUUUUCUUAGUGCAAGGCAGCGAGAGCUGAACAUUUCUUUUUAUGCACUUUUACUUAUUGUAAUUGUUUUAGAAGAAUAAUGUGUUCAUUUGAACUUCAUACUAUAGUCAAGUAUAGGGCAUCCUAAUGCUACCUCUCACUCAACCUGACUUCUUAAGAAAAUCUACUCAUAAAACCUGUUUGAUAAAAACAUGGAAAUGACUAGAGAAUAGAAGCUGAGGGAAGAGGGUAGGAAGUCCUUUGGAUAGAAAUCCUGAUCUUGGACCAAUUGAAGUAUCCAAAAAGAAAAAAGUGUUCUUUUUAUGAAUGGUUUAGGUGGUGGUUUUAGUUUUGUUUAUUUUUGCGAGAGUCCCUUUUUCUUUUUAUUUACUUUCUCUGGGGAGAGGGCAAAACCUUUCAACUUAGAGUACAUUUGAAAAAUCUUGUAUAGCAAAUUAAUAGUGUUAGAAUCUGUUUGGUUUAUUUCAAUAUUUUGAAGUCUAGUCACAAACCAAACAAAACUUUUGAAAGGAACUAUAUUUCCUUCAAAACUGAUUGAUUUAAUCUUUGCUUUAGGGUGAUUCUGGUUUGUUAUAAACUACUUUGCUUGUUAGUAUCUGAAAAAAUCAACUUAAGGAGUUCACUUUGCUCACUUUCUAAUUUCCUCUGGUGUAUAUAUUAGAGGUAUCCUGUUCAUCAAAAAUGCAGUCAGCAAACUCUUUUUCUACUGAAUAGUUAGCAGGGGAAAAUAAUUCUCAUAUUUAAUUGUCACUAGAAUUCUGUAGUGCUAUUUCCGUGAAAACGUCAGUUCUAUAAGCUAGCUGUGUUGUCACAGUUGUAUCAUAAUUAUUUAAUGUGGAGUCCUAUUUAGAGGCCUGUCAGACUUUUUGUCGCAGUCCCAUCUACGUCAGUAAUUCUCCUACGGCAGGAACGGGUGGAAUACUCCUCAGUUAACAGCCCUGAGCCAUACUAUGCUGAGUGUCAUCAACUCUUUCUGACUGCUAACAUCAUGUACAUUGAUAUCUGGCCCCCAAACUAUAUUGCAGCUUUCAGCAGUGUGUUUGAAGGCCUCUUUUGUUAAUGUUUCUGUAUGUAUAAAUCACUUCUUAGGUUAUUACAAAAGAAUCUGAAUGCUUAAUAAUUGUCCAUUGAGUGAAGUCUGAAAAUUGUAGUGAAAGAAUUAAUGGCUUUAUUUUCUAGAACAACAGCAUCUAAGCUACUGCUAGUUGAAUUGUUGCUAGAACCAGAAAUUACAGUUAGUGUAGAAUUGGUACUUCUGUGAUUCUUUUCGCUUCUUGGUAUUUCCUCCUUUGUAUUUAUAUAUCUGUUAUUGAGGUUUUUUUCUUUCAUAUGGCUUUAUCCUCCCUUAAAGAGCUAUUUUAAAAUUCCUGCUUUACUGUUUGUUUUAAGAUCAGCUUGCAGAGUCUUGCUUUUAGGUUAGAUACAAACAAAGUUAAACAUACUUGGUAUAGCAAAAAAAGAAAAAAAAAAGAACCAAAGUAUAUUCAGAAUGAAAGCUUUGGAAUUAGUUUUACAUUUGUUUGUAAACCUAAAUAAAACUGGUCAAUAUAUGUAAAUAUAUUACACUUUUUAAAGAUUAAUGUUUCCUUUUCAGUGCCGAUUUCUUUGUAUUGUCUGCAUUCAGCAUUAAGUAAAACCACCAAUAAAAUAUUUAUAAAUCCUUA